AUUCAAAUUCUCCGUCUGUAUCUUUCUCUCUCUAAAAUUCUAUGGAGAGUUUGAGAAGAAAUACGAGCCCACCAUUGGUGUUGAAGUGCAUCCACUUGACUUCUUCACAAACUUUGGGAAGAUAAGAUUUUACUGUUGGGAUACUGCUGGGCAGGAAAAGUUUGGAGGACUCAGAGAUGGUUACUAUAUUCACGGGAAUUGUGCGAUUAUAAUGUUUGAUGUAACAGCACGUCUGACCUACAAGAAUGUCCCAACAUGGCAUCGGGAUCUUUGCAGGGUGUGUGAGAAUAUACCAAUUGUAUUAUGUGGGAACAAGAUUGAUGUAAAGAACAGGCAGGUCAAAGCAAAGCAGAUCACUUUCCAUAGAAAGAAGAAUCUCCAGUACUAUGAGAUCUCAGCAAAGAGCAACUAUAAUUUCGAGAAGCCUUUCCUGUAUCUUGCUAGAAAACUUGCAGGGGCUCCUGACUUAUACUUUGUUGAGUCGCCUGCACUUGCUCCCCCGGAAGUCCAAUUUGAUUUGGUUGAACAGUUAAAGCAUGAAGAGGAACUCAAGACCGCAAUGAACCAGCCUCUUCCCGAUGACGAUGAGGACUUUACAGAAUAGACAGAGUUGCUGGGCUGAAAACCACCUGCUCUCUGUUAGUCUAGUAAAAUGAGUUUCAAAUUGUGUGGUCUGGAAAGUUAUAUCAGAGGUCACUGAGUGGGACUUAAAGUUGAUGUUGGUAAAUUACCCUGAAUUUGAAACUCAUUUCUUCUGAUACUAAGUAUAGUUGAUACAUGUAUCGUUCAUUAUCUUCCGCAAAUGGCAGUAAUUUAUUUUCAAAUCCAGGUUUAAGCAGUAA